AUGGCCAGCAACGCCAGAAAGGUCGAGCUCGAGAAGCAGGACAGGGAGCGUGAUGCCGCCUUCAACAAGGCCAUGCACGGCAACUCCGCCCAAGCUGCCGGUGGUAUGCGUGCCAUGUUCGCCAAGGGUUCCGAUGCGAAGAAGGCUGCCGUUGACGAGUACUUCAAGCACUGGGACAACAAGGCAGCCAAGGACGAGACGGAGGAGGACCGCAAGGCGCGCACAGCCGAGUACGCAACCCUGACUAGACACUACUACAACCUGGCGACCGACUUGUACGAGUACGGUUGGGGCCAGUCCUUCCACUUCGCCCGUUACUCCCACGGCGAGACCUUCCACCAGGCCAUUUCGCGACACGAGCACUACCUGGCGUACAGGAUCGGCAUCAAGGAGGGCAUGAGAGUGCUGGACGUGGGCUGCGGUGUCGGCGGACCUGCUCGUGAGAUUGCCAAGUUUACUGGCUGUCACGUUACCGGUUUGAACAACAACGACUACCAGAUCGAGCGCGCUACCAACUACGCCCACAAGGAGGGUCUGUCAGACCAGCUCUCGUUCGUCAAGGGUGAUUUCAUGCAGAUGGAUUUCCCCGACAACAGCUUUGAUGCUGUCUACGCCAUUGAGGCCACCGUCCAUGCCCCUGAGCUCUCUGGUGUCUACAGCGAGAUCCAACGUGUCCUGAAGCCCGGAGGCAUCUUUGGUGUCUACGAGUGGCUCAUGACCGACAACUAUGACAAUGACAACAUCCACCACCGUGAGAUUCGUCUUGGAAUCGAGCUGGGCGAUGGCAUCUCCAACAUGGUUAAGGUGUCAGAGGGUAUCGAGGCUAUGAAGAUUGCAGGCUUCGAGCUGCUCCACCAUGAGGAUCUGGCAGACCGCCCUGACCCUUUCCCCUGGUACUGGCCUCUGGCUGGUGAGUGGAAGUACAUGCAGAGUAUCUUUGACAGUUUCACCAUCGCAAGAAUGACCAAGUGGGGACGAUGGACAGCGCAUCGUUUCACUGGUCUGCUCGAGGUGAUCAAGCUGGCACCUGCGGGCACUCAGAAGACAGCAGACAGCUUGGCGGUGGCGGCAGACUGCCUCGUUGCUGGUGGUCGGGAGAAGCUAUUCACGCCGAUGUACCUGAUGAUCGGCAAGAAGCCCGAGAACUAG